AUGGCUCAUUUUGCUCGACUUGCAUUUGUUGUCGUACUGGCUUUUUCUGCGACUUUAGCUGAAGAUGUGCCUACGAAUGAGACCUCCAUCCAGCUAACGCGAGCCAAACGGCAAUGCUGCUCAUCUUCGUCUAGCUCCUGUUGCCCGCAGCAGCAGCAGACAAUGCAGUGUGUACCGGUAUGUAUCCAACAAUGCCAGGCCUCUUGCCAAACUCAACAAUGCUCCCAGAGUUGUGCACCCAGCUGCAACCAACAGUGUGGGGGUAGCCAGCAAGUGAUCGUUCUGCAACAAGACAACUGCCAAUCUUGCCAGCAGUCAUGCAGUAACUCCUGUGCAACUCCUUCCUGUCAAAGCAGUUGCCAAGCGAGCUGUGCUCCCCAGUGUGGAACUCAAGCUCCUCCACAGGUGAUCGUUCUCCCGGCUCAGGAUCAGUGCAGUGCUUGCCAACAGACCUGUCAAUCUAGUUGCUCCAACCAAAACUGUAACUGUCAACAGUCGUGUGCUCCCGCUUGUGGUAACAGCAACAACAACAAUCAAGUAAUCGUGAUCCAAUCCAGCCAGGACAACUGCAAUAAUCAGUGCAAUCAGCAGUGUAGCUCAUCCUGUUCCACUCCCGUUUGCGCCUCUUCCUGCCAGUCCUCCUGUUCCUCAGCAUGCGCUCCACAACAGUGUGCUCCAGCCUGCAUGCCAACUUGCUCAUCUUCCUGCACACAACAGCAGCAACAGCAACCAAUCGUGGUCGUCGUACCUCAGGGUGAUAGCUGCUCCAAUUCAUGCCAGUCUCAAUGCAGCUCCGCCUGCUCGACUCCCUCGUGCCAGCAAUCCUGCAACAACCAGUGCCAAGCCUCUUGCAACCCAUGCCAAGGAAACUCAUGCAAUAAUAACCAGCAGCAGCAGAUAAUCGUCGUUCAACAACAGCAGCAGAGCUGUCAGAACCAGUGCCAGAGCAGCUGCAUGAACACCUGCCAAGCGUCGGCUCCAACCGUUUCCUGCCAGCCUGUGUGCCAGCAAACGUGCCAGCAGACCUGCCAACAGGCUGCCCAGAUUGUGGUACCAUGCCAGCAGACGUCAUCAGGAUGCGGCUGCUCAAGCGGUUACAGCCAAUGCGGAGGAUCGUGCUGUCGCCGACGUUGA